AUGUCAAACCCAGCUGAAUCGUCAGACUCGAAAUCGAAGAAAGAUUUCAGUACUGCGAUUCUGGAGAGGAAGAAGUCUCCGAACAGGCUUGUCGUCGAUGAGGCUAUCAACGAUGAUAACUCCGUCGUAUCUCUCCACCCUGCCACCAUGGAGAAGCUCCAGCUCUUCCGUGGUGAUACCAUUCUCAUCAAGGGUAAGAAAAGGAAGGACACUGUCUGCAUUGCUCUCGCUGAUGAAUCAUGUGAGGAGCCAAAGAUCAGAAUGAACAAAGUUGUCAGAUCUAACUUGAGGGUUAGAUUGGGAGAUGUUAUUUCUGUUCACCAAUGCCCUGAUGUCAAGUACGGAAAGCGUGUGCACAUCUUGCCUGUUGAUGAUACCGUUGAAGGGGUGACUGGAAACCUCUUUGAUGCUUACCUGAAACCUUAUUUCCUGGAGGCUUACCGCCCAGUGAGGAAGGGUGAUCUCUUCCUAGUCAGAGGAGGAAUGAGGAGUGUGGAGUUUAAAGUUAUCGAGACUGAUCCUGCUGAGUACUGCGUGGUCGCUCCAGACACUGAGAUUUUCUGUGAGGGUGAGCCAGUGAAGAGAGAGGAUGAGGAAAGGCUAGAUGAAGUGGGUUAUGAUGAUGUUGGUGGUGUCAGGAAACAGAUGGCUCAGAUUAGGGAACUUGUUGAGCUUCCCUUGAGGCAUCCGCAACUAUUCAAGUCAAUUGGUGUUAAGCCACCGAAGGGAAUUCUGCUUUACGGACCUCCUGGGUCUGGAAAAACUUUGAUUGCUCGUGCUGUGGCAAAUGAAACCGGUGCCUUUUUCUUCUGCAUCAACGGACCUGAGAUCAUGUCCAAACUGGCUGGUGAAAGUGAGAGCAACCUCAGGAAAGCAUUUGAGGAGGCUGAGAAGAAUGCGCCUUCGAUCAUUUUCAUUGAUGAGAUUGACUCUAUUGCACCCAAAAGGGAGAAGACGAAUGGAGAGGUUGAGAGGAGGAUUGUGUCUCAGCUCCUUACGCUCAUGGAUGGACUUAAAUCUCGUGCUCAUGUUAUUGUCAUGGGAGCAACCAAUCGCCCCAACAGUAUUGACCCGGCUUUAAGAAGGUUUGGAAGAUUUGAUAGGGAGAUUGAUAUCGGGGUUCCUGACGAAAUCGGACGUCUCGAAGUUCUCAGAAUCCACACAAAGAACAUGAAGCUUGCUGAAGAUGUUGAUCUCGAAAGGAUCUCUAAAGACACACACGGUUACGUUGGUGCUGAUCUUGCAGCUCUCUGCACAGAAGCUGCCCUGCAAUGCAUCAGGGAGAAGAUGGAUGUAAUUGACUUGGAAGAUGACUCCAUUGAUGCUGAAAUCCUCAACUCUAUGGCAGUGACUAAUGAACACUUCCACACUGCUCUCGGGAACAGCAACCCAUCUGCACUUCGUGAAACCGUUGUGGAGGUUCCGAAUGUGUCUUGGGAAGAUAUUGGAGGUCUUGAGAAUGUUAAGAGAGAGCUCCAGGAGACUGUGCAAUACCCGGUGGAGCACCCUGAGAAGUUUGAGAAAUUCGGGAUGUCUCCAUCAAAGGGAGUCCUCUUCUAUGGUCCUCCUGGAUGUGGUAAGACCCUUUUGGCCAAGGCUAUAGCGAACGAGUGCCAAGCCAACUUCAUCAGUGUCAAGGGUCCUGAGCUUCUCACAAUGUGGUUUGGAGAGAGUGAAGCGAAUGUUCGUGAAAUCUUUGACAAGGCACGUCAGUCCGCUCCAUGUGUCCUCUUCUUUGAUGAGCUUGACUCCAUUGCAACUCAGAGAGGAAGCGGAAGUGGAGGUGAUGGAGGCGGUGCAGCGGAUAGAGUUCUGAACCAGCUGUUGACUGAGAUGGACGGAAUGAACGCCAAGAAAACCGUCUUCAUCAUCGGAGCAACCAACAGACCCGACAUUAUUGAUGCUGCUCUUCUCCGUCCAGGAAGGCUCGACCAGCUCAUUUACAUUCCACUACCAGACGAGGAUUCCCGUCUCAACAUCUUCAAGGCCUGCUUGAGGAAAUCACCUAUCGCUAAAGAUGUGGACAUCAACGCACUCGCCAAGUACACGCAGGGAUUCAGUGGUGCUGAUAUCACUGAGAUUUGCCAGAGAGCUUGCAAGUACGCCAUUAGAGAAAACAUCGAGAAGGACAUUGAGAAGGAGAAGAGGAGGAGCGAGAACCCAGAGGCGAUGGAGGAAGAUGGAGAGGAUGAAGUAUCAGAGAUAAAAGCUGCGCACUUUGAGGAGUCGAUGAAGUAUGCGCGUAGGAGUGUGAGCGAUGCAGACAUCAGGAAAUACCAGGCCUUUGCUCAGACGCUGCAGCAGUCUAGAGGGUUUGGCUCUGAGUUCAGGUUUGAGAACUCUGCUGGCUCAGGUGCAACCACUGGAGUUGCUGAUCCUUUUGCCACGUCUGCAGCUGCUGCUGCCGACGAUGAUGACCUCUACAGUUAA